CCUUCAGUUGAGUUGUCAGUUUAGACCCAGCGUUCUUUAUUGUGGUACAUUCUGAUCGUUAUCAGACACUAGUCUGUUGGGAUAUAAAAAAUACAAGUGAUAGUAUGAACGCUAUGAUUAGUCAACUCCAAGACAAACCGCCUUACAUGGAGUCCGAAAACAAGAGUUUCCAACCGUGGCGUGACUACAUGAAGCUAGCUGACCUAGUGCGGGAGAUGCAGUUAGGCAAGUUCACCCCAAAACCGUUAACCGUUGAGGGUCAUGACUCCGGGAUAUGCUCGACCAUGGUGGAAUUUGAAGAGUUUCCGCCACGAGCCUUGCUGUCACCGAUAACACCUGCGGCGACACCACCACUAUGGCACGAAAUGGAACCCCCGGAUUCCGAAAUCGUCCUCUUGCAUGAAGACGCUCCUUUAUGUCCGAGCAGCACCGAGGGUCCCGAGCCCCCUACAGCAGCGUCCAGAUCCCCCGCGGGCACCCGGGGCCAGAGUGGGAGAAACACGCCGGAGGAGGUGCCAUCACCUGAGCGAAAGUUCUGCAGCUUCUGCAAACACAACGGGGAGUCUGAGUCUGUGUUUGUGUCCCACAGCCUCAAGGACCAGGAUGGGGACAUGAUGUGCCCGUACCUGCGGCUGUAUGUCUGCCCUCUCUGCGGGGCCACCGGGGCCCAAGCCGCCACCAAGCACCAUUGUCCCCUGGUCGAAACUACCUACAGCUCUGUCUAUGUCACGUCCAGUGGUGUAAAGUACUUUAGUGAAACAUUUGAAAGUACCACUUAAGUCGUUUUUAGAGGAUCUGUACUUUACUUGGGCUUCCGAGUGCUUGAGGCGUCACUACAGACACCGUGGUUCGAAUCCAGGCUGUAUCAGAACCGGCCGUGAUUGGGAGUCCCAUAGGGCGGCGCACAAUUGGCCCAGC